AUGGCUGACGUUGACAAAGAGGACCGAUGGCAGCUGAUUCGGGAGUACAUGGCUGGCUACUUCUUCGAGACCAGGCACUUUCAGGCAGUGGCUGCAUGCCUCUCCAGUUGUGGCGACAAACGUCAUGUCAUCGCUGCAGCGGCACGGCUGCUAUCUGGCUUCGGAGUCGAGAUGUCUUUAGAUGAUCAGCAGGAGCUCAUGGCCAUGGAUGAGGAAGAGCAGAUCAAUGCCUUGCUGGCGAAGAUCCCCCAGGAUGGCGACGGCCAGUUCCAGGAGUUCUUUGGCCAGCUGCAACAGCUCGUCGUUUGUUCGGGCAAGGUUCGAUCCGGCCUGGAAACUGGCGAUGUGUUGACCGUCGAGGAGGCCUUAGCCGACGCGGUGUCCUUCAACAUCGCUCACGUCGUUUACAGGAUGGCAGCCACGCAAGCUGGUGCCGAGCUGCGCGCUUUCCGUGCGCGGCUGAAGGAGUGGGGCAAGGACAAUGCCGCGAAGACAGGGAAGCUGACUCGGUGCCAAGAAGAAGCAAUGGGCGCACGGAAGAAGCUUGCCGCGGCGCAAUUCAAGCUUGGUAGAGGAAGGGAUGCGGCCUUGCAGAAGUCGAGCAGAUUCGUCCUCCACUUUGCUGAAGGCAGCAUGCGUGGCUUGGGGACCGUGGUCUUCCGCUCAUGGCAGGCAGCAGCAGCAGAGCUGCGCAGCGAGCGGCGGGUGGCCAUGGAGUUUGAGAAGCGGAGGAAUGACUGGAAGCAGAGGAUGCAGGAGUUCAAGGAGCGCCAACUCCGCGGCGUCCGUGGUCUCUCCGAGCGGCAGGUGAUUGCACGGCAGCGAGAGGCAGGGCUGGAUUGCUUCUGGGCAUGGCAGGGAGUUGUGCGAGACCGGAAGCUGGAAGAAGAUCUGGCGAAGAAGCUGGAGGCCUUCCGUGUGCGGCUGGGAAGAAUGAAGCAGUCGCAGGUGCUCAAUGCCGACAGCUUUCUCCUGAAGGCCUCCACUUACAGUGAGGCCGCGCUGCUUUCCAGCUGCUUCCAGGCAUUCGUGGCAGCACGGCGUGAGGUCGCCGAGGAGGCUGCUUGCAAGGCACAGCUGCAGAAGACCCGGGACCAGAUCGACUUGUUCCGGAAGUCCAAGUCGGCGACCGCCAAGCGCAUCCUCCGCGAGAUGUGCUGCUGUACAGAAGCGGGUUUGGCUGCGGAGGCUUGGGCAGCCUGGGCCAUGUUGGCAAACCAGGCUCGAGACGAACGUGCCAUCCGCCAGCAACUGGACGAGAGUGCGCAGCAUCGAGACCUGAUCCGGCGCCGGAGCAAAGAAUCCGGCCACAAAGUUGCUGAAAAGCUGAGGGGUCGGCGUGAUGUCGCAUCACUUGUGGAGGCGCUUGUCGCAUGGAGGCUACUCUCGCGCGUCGAAGGCAAGACGAGGCAUCAUCGUGUCCGCGUCGAUGCAAAACGUCAGCAGCUGCAGGGUGUGCAGACCAUGUUCCGAAGCUUUGCCACGCAGCUUGAGUACCAGCUCGCGCAGAGUCAACAAAGCCACAAGGAGAGCAGGCUGUACAAGCUUGCGUAA